AUGGCGCAUGCGAGAGGUCAAAGGUCAGUCCUGCAAGUUCCGCUUCCGGUUCCGAGAUCCUGUUUGUUUUCUGAAAGCUUUGUGGUUUCGGUGAGUUCUCAGAGCCGAUUUCUAGCGUCCGUGCGGGGGACAGGUGUCCAGAGGUCGGCUGCUGCAGACAUGGCGGCCUCCACCGCGGCCGGGAAGCAGCGGAUUCCCAAAGUGGCCAAGGUGAAAAACAAAGCCCCGGCUGAGGUACAGAUAACUGCUGAACAACUCUUAAGAGAGGCUAAAGAAAGAGAACUUGAGCUUCUUCCACCUCCACCUCAACAGAAGAUCACAGAUGAAGAAGAAUUAAAUGAUUAUAAACUAAGGAAAAGGAAGACUUUUGAAGAUAAUAUAAGAAAAAACAGGACUGUGAUUAGUAACUGGAUAAAAUACGCACAAUGGGAAGAAAGCCUAAAGGAGAUUCAAAGGGCUCGAUCCAUAUACGAGCGUGCUUUAGAUGUAGACUACCGAAAUAUUACACUCUGGCUGAAAUACGCAGAAAUGGAAAUGAAGAAUCGCCAAGUCAACCAUGCUCGAAAUAUCUGGGACCGGGCCAUAACAACGCUGCCUCGAGUUAAUCAGUUCUGGUACAAGUACACGUACAUGGAGGAAAUGUUGGGAAACGUUGCCGGUGCCCGGCAGGUGUUUGAGCGCUGGAUGGAGUGGCAGCCUGAGGAGCAAGCCUGGCACUCCUACAUCAACUUUGAGCUGAGAUACAAAGAGGUGGAUCGGGCCCGCACCAUUUAUGAGCGAUUUGUCCUCGUGCACCCUGAUGUUAAGAACUGGAUCAAGUAUGCCCGCUUUGAAGAAAAACAUGCUUAUUUUGCCCAUGCACGGAAAGUGUAUGAGAGAGCUGUGGAAUUCUUUGGAGAUGAACAUAUGGAUGAGCACCUUUAUGUUGCCUUUGCCAAGUUUGAAGAAAAUCAGAAAGAGUUUGAAAGGGUACGAGUGAUUUACAAGUAUGCCCUGGACAGAAUUUCAAAACAAGAUGCCCAAGAACUCUUUAAAAAUUAUACCAUCUUUGAGAAGAAGUUUGGUGAUAGGCGGGGUAUUGAAGAUAUCAUUGUGAGCAAACGGAGAUUCCAGUAUGAAGAAGAAGUGAAGGCGAAUCCACACAAUUAUGAUGCAUGGUUUGAUUACUUGCGCUUGGUAGAAAGUGACGCAGAAGCUGAAGCCGUGAGAGAAGUCUAUGAAAGGGCCAUUGCCAAUGUCCCACCCAUUCAGGAGAAGAGGCACUGGAAGCGCUACAUUUAUCUUUGGAUCAACUAUGCACUCUAUGAAGAAUUGGAGGCAAAGGAUCCUGAGAGGACAAGACAGGUGUAUCAAGCCUCUUUGGAACUAAUUCCUCACAAAAAGUUCACAUUUGCCAAAAUGUGGAUACUGUAUGCACAGUUUGAAAUACGACAGAAGAAUCUGUCAUUAGCCAGAAGAGCAUUGGGAACUUCCAUAGGCAAAUGUCCAAAGAACAAAUUAUUUAAAGUUUACAUAGAAUUGGAGCUACAGCUUCGAGAAUUUGACAGAUGCCGGAAGCUUUAUGAAAAGUUCCUGGAAUUUGGACCUGAAAAUUGUACCUCAUGGAUUAAAUUCGCUGAAUUAGAGACAAUCCUUGGUGAUAUUGACAGAGCACGGGCAAUCUAUGAAUUAGCCAUCAGUCAGCCACGUUUAGACAUGCCAGAGGUGCUUUGGAAAUCAUAUAUUGAUUUUGAAAUUGAGCAGGAAGAAACAGAAAGAACACGAAACCUUUACCGGCGGUUGCUUCAACGGACGCAGCAUGUCAAGGUAUGGAUCAGCUUUGCUCAGUUUGAGUUGUCUUCAGGAAAAGAAGGAAGUUUGACUAAAUGCAGACAAAUUUAUGAAGAAGCUAACAAAACCAUGCGAAACUGUGAAGAAAAGGAAGAGAGACUUAUGCUGCUGGAAUCUUGGCGAACUUUUGAAGAAGAAUUUGGAACAGCUUCAGAUAAGGAGAGAGUAGACAAACUCAUGCCAGAGAAAGUCAAGAAGAGAAGAAAGGUCCAGACUGACGAUGGGUCUGAUGCAGGCUGGGAAGAAUACUUUGAUUACAUCUUUCCAGAAGAUGCUGCCAACCAACCUAACCUCAAACUCCUGGCCAUGGCCAAACUGUGGAAGAAACAGCAGCAGGAAAAGGAGGAUGCUGAGCACCAUCCAGAUGAGGACGUCGAUGAGAGUGAAUCCUGAUCUUUUUUUCAUAGACAAAUGUUUUGUUAUUUUUAUAAAUUAAUUGUUUGGAA